CAAUGACGCGUGGCGGCACGUGACUCCGUUGCCAUGACAGCCCUUGGCUGUUGAAGUGCAAGCGGGCGUGCGAGCCAGAGCCAGCGAGCGAGCGAGCGCCUCGUUAACUCGCGUCCCGGCGCUUUAAGACUGCUGUCCGUCCCGGCGCCUCUGGACUCGCACAGGGCGCCUCGCUUCUGGACACUUCGCCAUGCUGCCCAAAAGUGAAAACGUGUCGAGGAAGAAGAAGAAGCCGACCAAGGGGGCAAAGUCGGAAGAAGCCGUGGACAUCCUCUCUAUGGAAGACAUGUCCAAGGAGCAGCUGGAGGAGCACGUGAUCCGCCUGCGCGAGGAGCUGGAGCGCGAGCGCGAGGAGAGGACAUUCUUCCAGCUGGAGCGGGACAAGAUCCAAAGCUCGUGGGAGGUGAGCAAGCGCCUCCUGGAGGAAACGCGGGCGCAACUGGCCACCCGCAGCCGGGAGAAGGACGACGCCGACCGACGGCACCGUAUCGAGAUCAACGUGUACAAGCAGAAGCUGAAGCACGUCCUGUCGGAGCAGCGGGCGGCGGCGGCUGACGAGAAGAUGCGCGGCGGUGCGGUCGCGUGGCUCGCUCGCGAGCGCCACGCCGAAGCCGAGCUGCGUCUGCGCAGGCACGCGCACGACGAGGAGGCGGAGGCUCGCCGCGACGAGCUCGCCGGACACAAAUGCGUCCGAGAGCUCAAACUGAAGCAUCAAGUGGCGCUGAUGGAGCUCAGCAACAACUACGACAAAAGGAUCGCAGAGGUGGAGGCCAAGUAUGCCCAAAAGAUGGAGCAGAUGCGGCAGGCGGAGAGUCACAAGACGCAGGCGGCCCUGUCGGCGCUGGAGGACAAGAUGAGCCGGCGGCUCCGGUCGCUGGCGGACCGCCGCCGCCAGAAGUUGGGAGCGGCCCGGGAAUUCUUCGGCGCCGCGCAAAGCAAAUUGGUGCACGACGGCAAAACGCUCCGAGCCGAGGCCUCGGCGGCCGCGACGUGUCGAGCCCGCGCCGAAGUUGGCCUGGACGAAGCGGAGAAGCGCAACGCGCAUCUGGCCGCUUCCCUGCGGGAGGCCGAGCGGAACCUCCCGGGCCUCCGCCGCCGGCUGGAGGGCCACCGACGAGCUCGCUCCCAGCAGGCGGCCGGCGCCGCCCGUGUCAAGCAACUGGAGGAGCGGCUGGAGGAGCUGGUCCUGGAGCGAGACCUGCUCAUCGCCGCCUUUGAGCAGGUGGAGGAGGAGCGCGACGCGCUGCUGAUGAACCAGACGCAGGUCCUGCUGGAGGUCCAGCAAAGGAGCGGCCUGAAGGAAAUGCUGCUGGACCGCAAGAUGGCGCUGCUGAGUCGUUCGGUGGACAAGACGGAGGCGCAGCUGCUGGCCGCGCUGGCCGCCGCCGACGGCACAGCGCCCGCCGACGGCACGGCGCCCGCCGACAAACUUGGGGAAACGCUGGAGUCCAAAAGGGCCACCAUCAGGACGCUGCAGGAAGAUCUAGAUCGGCAAUGUCACGAGUACGCCGCUUUGGCGGGGACGUGCCGCCACGGUCUGGACGCGCUGGGCGUCCCGUCCUACCAGUUCCCGCUAGCAGACGUGCCGCUCGUCCUUGGACAGCACGCGCACUAGUUGCACCUGCCUGGGCUGGGCGCUGCCACUCUUCCUAUUUUUUUUUCUGCUUUUGGGCCCCUUUUCGAUUUGGGAAGAAAGUCCAAAGUCAGCGAGACAAGUACAAAAUUGAUUUGCUGUUCUGGGCACAAAUUGAGAGCAAUAAAACACAGCCACGCAAGCGUC